AUGCUUCGAAUGGAUUCAGUUAUAGUCAGCAACACAACUCAAAUUGCUACACAACCCAUAGCGUUAGGAUUCAAUAUUGUAAUGAUGAAUGAUGAGAACCCAAAUAACCAGGAUGGCCAGAAUUCACAAUUAUAUUCGGAAUGCGAUAAUAAAGACCGAGAUCAAGUACGAUUUAUUGUCAUGAGUGAUAGUCAUCAAUUCUAUAAGAAUCAUUUGAAACAUUUGAGUGAUGUAUUAUUAAAACAAAAUUCAAAAUUCGGAGAGGUAUUGUUGAAACAGAAAAUCCACCACGAAAAUGAUUCUGGAAAUGAUCCACAUUGUUGUCAACAAUUGUUGUUGUUGGAUCAAGAACAACAUCAUCACUCGAACAAACACAACAAACAAUACAAUGUUUUAUUGCAUUGUGGUGAUUUUGGAUUUUAUGGAAAGGAAAAAAGUUUACACAAUUUCAAUAAUGAAUUUCUUGCAAAUGUCAAAGACAUGUUUGAUGCCAUUAUUGUGAUAUUGGGAAAUCAUGAUCAUCCAUUCAUGGAAGCAAUGGAUUUUAACGUGGCAAAUUUCAAACACUUGUACUUGUCCAAUGCCACUCAUUUGUUGUUUGACUCGGCAGUUUCACUUUUUAAUGACCGAGUGAAAAUUCAUGGAGUGUCAUGGCAAUCGAAAGAGGAGCACACUUUUUGCUUUCAUCAAUAUCCAUCGGAGCUACAUGAAGAGCUUGUACAACGAUUGAAAAUGAAAAAGCUGUUGAAAAUUGAAAAGGAUACGAAUAUUUUGCUGAGUCACGAGCCUCCACAAGGAAACUUAGAUGAUGGCUCAGGAAGUAAGGCUCUAUCUCAGUAUAUUCUGAAUGCUUCUGGCCAAGCGUUGAAAGUGGUGGCAUUUGGACAUGUUCAUAGCAAGUAUGGCUAUGAAACAACAAAAGCAAAAGGCAACAGAACUGUGCACAUGAUCAAUGCGGCUGUAAAUAUGUCGAAUGCUCCCGUUUAUUUCGACUAUUUUCUGUAG